UAAAGAACCUUUCUUAUAAAAGCCUAAAAUCCUCUGUAAAACUACAACCAAAACUUAAACUACAGUGACAGUAAAUACAGAAAGCAGAAAGCUUUGAAAUUCUGUUGAUCUCUUUCCUCUCUCUACACUCUUCCCGCCAUGACCGUAACUUUAGAUAAAAACCAAACCUCAAUCGAAAACCUUUCCCUCUCCACCACCAUUAAAUCUCUCAAUGAUCUUGAAACCGUCAACGUCGAAAACCCAAUUCAAUCAUCUAAAGAACCCACAACCCCAAUUCAAGAACCUGCAAUACAUGAUCCAACACCAAUAAUUACGAGUUUUCGCUUCGGGGUUCGGCCAGCAAAUAAACUGAAGCAAGCAUUACAAUCUCUAAGUGACGCCAAUUUUAAUCCAAACGGUUUGGGAUUGAUUGAAGUUGUGGAGAAUGGUUUGGAGAUCACGGUUCGAAACACGAAAACCGGGGUUGCAGGACAUCUUUGGUUCAAGUCCUCUGGUUUGAUCAACUUUGAGUUCAAAAAGGCUAUGAUCAACAAGAUGAUUGACUUGAAUUGUAUUCUCGAUAAUCUUGUUGAUGCUUCUGCUAAUGAUACUGUCACCCUUCUUUAUCUUCAUGGCUUUUCUCAUCUCAAUUUCAUGUUUGGGAAUGCUUCUCCUAGACUGUUUGCUGUGGAUUUACUCGAAAUGGAUGGUAGCUUCGAGAAAUUUCCCAACAUUACUUUCGCCUGUGAGGCUGUCAUACUAAGUGAUCACUUCAGGGAGAUAAUUCAAGCAUAUCAGGAACUCGAAAAACCUAGAAUAGGUUCACUGGAAAUAUCGGACAAGGUUUUGACCGUCUCAGUAGGAAAAAGAGAUUGGCGGAUGAUGUAUGAAAAGGUCAAUGGAAUUAGGGGAAUGCCACCAAAUAUGGUGCAUCAGGCUUGGUUACGAUUGCAUCAUCGUGAGUCUUUAAAGAAGGCAUCGUUCAUAGCAGCAGGGCUUCUUCUGUGCCUUGUUACUGACCCAUCCGACCAGAUCAUGCUGCGAUUCAACCUCCGAGAGCUAGGAGAUUUGGUUUUCAUCAGCAGAGCUGAAUGUAUCAUUUUUGACGCCAAUGAUUCACCUGGACUUCACCUUUUAGCUUCUGCUGCCUCACUAAUGUAAUUAUGAAUACCUUACUGUUGGUCACUUUUUCUGAAAGAUGUGUUGUUCAUUCUUGCGAAUCAGUUAUAAUUAUGUAUAUUUAUAUUAAAAUUGAUGAGAGUGAGAGAUAGCUCAAGUGGUUAAAGCUUCCUUCCCGAUUGUAGGAGAUCCUAGGAUCGAUUCUCACCUCUUGUCCUUCGAGAUAGAGGAUGAAGAACGAAAGGAUUAUAACUGAUUGAUGAAAUAUAAAUGAGGGUAACUUUCAAAAAAAAGAAAAAGAAAAAAACAAAAACUUGGUAUAGGAAAGAUUUAAGUUAGGAAGAUCAUUUUGAGCAUGGCCCCUAACGAAAUAUAAUCAAAUGAGGAUGGUAAUUACUAUUUGCUAGGUAAUGGAGAGGAUGUAGAAUAGAAAGUGCCAAAGGAGAAAAUGUCAAAGCAGUGUAACAACUUGAGUUGGUUAUCAUCGUUCUCUCCUAAAUAAUAGCUUAGAGUUUGUUAUGCCUCAUGUAUAUAUGUGUACUUUUUAAUGAGAAAAUUAAUACGAAAACUGUAUUCAUUUAAUCACAAACUCAGCUUUUAUUCUCUUCAUGGUAUCAGAGCCAUACGGUGAUUUCCGGAACCGGUAACAUCUUUUAUUUGGCUUUCAUCAUUUACCACCAUACUUACCGAUCAUGGUAGAACCCGGAACUGAUCAAAACAUAAACCAACAAACAACUAACUAGCCACUGAUAUCAAUGGCCUAAAUGGAACACAUGUUCCAAUAAAUUCACCAAAUAAACCAUAUCGAACCCUUGGCUCCC